AUGUCCACCAUAAACCUCCAAGGUAUUCCGAGCGAGGAGGACUUCAAGAGGAUCAUGCAUACCUUGAACGAACAUUUCCCGGUUUUCGAGUUCGGUAUCGCGCCGCAAUCAGCGGGACGACUUGGGGCAACAGUAACAUUUCGGCAAUGGAAGAGUGACCAAAAAAGUAUCGGCAAAGUCGAGAGGGUGAUCCAAGCGUAUAGAGAUGUGCGCGUAAGCUCCGACUUCCGGGGCUUGACGGUGCUAUAUGCACCUCAAACCCCGGUAGUAGACAUUGUGGCUGUCCAUGGGCUUGGUGGUCACGCCGCCGAAACUUGGAUAUACAGAUCGUCAUCCAAACCAGUAUUCUGGCUGAGGGAUCUUCUCCCACAGUACAUGGCGACUGCUCGUAUCAUGACAUUCGGCUACAACUCCAACAUCGUCUCACGAUCCACUGCGAGCAUCAAAACCGUAGCUACUCAACUGCUCAAUCAAGUUAGUGCAGAAAGACAGGACUCUCAGCGACCAUUACUAUUCAUUGCUCAUAGCUUGGGGGGGCUUGUAGCCUUGACAACUUCCAGAAAUGAGUCAAUAAAUCAUGAAGUCUUUACCAGCACCAGGGGAAUCUUUUUCCUCGGAACUCCACACCAAGGUUCCAAGAGUGCCGAUUUGGCGAGGGUUAUCACAAAUGUUGUAUCUGUUGCCAGGUCUACAGCAACGCAAUACUUGGACGUCCUCAAGCGCGACUCGAAUGAGCUCUUGGAACUCUCUCAAGCUUUCGAACCCUUGACGAGAGACGGCACCCUCGAGCUAAGGAGCUUUUACGAGACGGAGAAGACAAGAGUCAUGGUCGGAAAGUUUCGGUGGAGGAGCAUCGAGAUUGUUGACAACAGGUCUGCACUCAUAGGUUCAUCGGGGGAGAAGCGAUUCCCUAUAGCUGCGGAUCAUCGGUCCAUAUGCAAGUUCGACCAUGAAAGCAACCAGGGUUUCGUCCAGAUCGUGAGUCAAAUGAAGGAUGUCUGCAGGAACCUUGUUGUCAGCUCCGAGGUCAAAUGUAUCUUUGUCCCGCCCGGUCGCCUCCCUUUGGAUGUGAAUUUCUUUGGACGCGAAAGUAUCUUGCGAGAGAUUUGCGAUAAAAUCCGGCCAGAAGGUACGAAUAAAUCCCUCAGAUGCCUUUGUCUACACGGUCAUCCAGGCGUUGGAAAGACACAGUUGGCAGCAAAGACAGCGCAGGACAUGACCGGAACCUUUCGACACAUUCUAUUCGUACAAGCAGACACAAGCCAGAAGCUGCUUCAAAGCUUUCUCGCCAUUGGCAGACACCUCAAUCUUGCAUCUGGCGAGUCUCCAGAACCCACGACGGUUCGAUCUCAAGUGCUGGACUGGCUUAGAAAACAAGAUCUCCCAUGGCUACUCAUUUUCGAUAAUGUGGAGGAAGCUCGUCCUUUGCUGCAAUACCUGCCUGAGAAUGGCCAAGGGUCGGUCAUCCUUACAAGCCGGAAUGGCAAGAUUGCCAACGGUCUCUCGAUGGCAUUUUCGGAACGUGCAAGCAUCCAAGUAAGUGGUAUGGAUCCGGAUGAAGGACGCAACUUUCUGCUCCGCCAGUUGAAAGAUACGAAGGGCGCGGUCAAGGAUCAGGAUGACCUCCGCGAGAUCUCGCUCUCGGUUGCAGAAAGAUUCUACUACCACCCACUGGCGCUUAGGCAAGCAAGUGCUUUCAUUCGGGAGACCGAAAGCACCAUCACCAAACUAUGGGACCUCCUUCAAAUCAAUCCUGCAAAUGACCUACAGGUUUACAACUUCCAAGACCAAAGCACACCAUACGAAGAAAGCCUGUGGUCUGUGUGGCGAAUGAUCCUUGCAUCCCUAGAUCAUGGGGCUGCCAAGUUGCUUACAGUAUUUUGCUUGUUCGAUCCAGAUGGGAUCCCUGAUGAGUUAUUCGUACCAGCGGGAGUUCCAAAUCAGGGCAUUGAUGAUAGGCACGCAAGUGAUCCCAUUGAAUACUUCAUAGACCGAGCUCCAUUGAUGCGAUAUGAAAUCCUGAUGCAACGUGCCCCGAGCAUCAUCUCGGUACAUCGCCUGGUACAGCGAGUCCGCCUCAACAACGUAUCUACAGAAGAAAAAGAGGAAGCCUUUGAAGUUGCUUUGCGUUUGUUAGCGCGAAAUUUCCCGAAACAGCAUCUUGGGGCGCAUUUGCACGAUCAAUGGGCCAGAUGCGAGCUGUUUCUUUCUCAUGUACUCGCCAUUGACACCAUGGUACACCAGCUGAGCCCAGAAUUGAAGGAUCCUGUGUCAUAUAUCGACAUGCUGUGUGAUUGUACAUGGUAUUUGUGGGAAAUUGAGCAAUACGAUGAAGCUCUUGGUCGGCUGGAGCAGUUGGAAAAGCUAUGCGCUGAGACCAUUGGCAUUAAAACACUACAAGGGGCGCGUAUUUUGGUGAACAGAGGAAGUAUCUACGCCAGAUGCGACCACCUACUCGAGUCCGGUGCAUGCUUUCGCCGCGCUUUGGAAAUCCGCCAGCGUCUGCUUCCUGACGAUGACCAACUCCUCGCCAACAGCUACAUGCAAGUCGGCAACUGGUACACAUCUCAAGGACAGUAUGAUCAAGCCGAACGUCACCUUCGGUCAUCCAUCAAGAUAAGGGACGCUUCUAUCCCCGGGCAAACUAUAAUCUCCCAUCAAAACCUUGCCAGAUGCUUGCAACUUCAGGGCAAGUUAGAUGAAUCUGGAGACAUAGUCAACAAAUCUGCGGAGGUGGAGCGAGCCAUGGGAACUUCGAAGGAGGCCCAGUACCACAAAUUUGGACGCCUAUACAUUCAGGGAAACAUCCACCUGGGACGCGGCGAUUAUCGCCUGGCGUUGGAUUCUUUCAAGGCCGUGUUCGAUGGGCGGAAAUCACUGUCAAUAUCUGCCGGCCCUUUCUCCGCUGCCUGCCAUAAAGUAGGAGUCGCUCACCAAAUGUUAGGCAACUACGAAGAAGCCCGGUAA